CAAGAAAACAAAAAGAAAAGUCUAGGCGUUUGACGAGAUGGGAAACUGUGCCACCAAGCCAAAGGUUCUCAAAGAUUCCGAGGAGGAUAUGGUUCCGGUUGAGAGAGAUAUGGCGGCUCCGAGUGAUCAUAACAAGAUUACGGCGGAAAAGAGCCAGAGCAAUGCUCCUAACGAGGCGGUUGAUACAGCUGCUACGGCACGACGGAGCGAGAAAGGAAAAGAGAUUCUGGUUGAAGAUGAUGUGAAGAAGGAACACGGCAAAAGCCAAUCUCUCAGUCCCUUGUUUCACGAGGACAAAGUAAUAGGAAAAGAGGUAACCGAUAUUACUCCCACAAAACCUGAGACCAAUGACAAAACUGGUGCUUCUUCAAAGGUUACAAAGCUUGAUGAUGCUUCUCCUUUAAUGGCUACUAAUGUAAAAGCUCCAGAAUCCUUUGACGUUCAAACUCGAAAUGAUCUUGAAGUCAAGAUUCCAAAAGAUUCCGAGGUUAAGACUCCUGAAACGCCUAAAGCUAAGGAAGCUGAAGAACAAGAAGUUCAUUUUUCAGAGAAUUGGGAGGUUAAGUUUCCAGAGGAAUUGGAAACUAACACAGCAUCAGGAGUUGUUAAGGUUGAAGAAGAGUCAACACCUCCACAAGUUUCUAAGGUUUCUGCUCCUGAAUUAUCUGACGUGAAGGUUACGAAAGAGUCAGAUGUUCCUAAGGUAUUGGAAGAUAAGAAUGUUCAAGAAGUUUCUGAUGUUCCUACUCUUCCUGAAUUGUCCAACACUAAGGUUACAGAAGAAUCUGAUGUCCCUAAGGUCUUUGAGGAUAAGAAUGUUCCCGAAAAUUCUGAGGUUCAUGCUCCUCCUGAAUUGUCUGACAUUAAGGUUACAAAAGAGUCAAAUUUUCGUGAGGUCUUGGAAGAUAAGAAUGUUCUGAAGACUGAUGAAGUUAAAGCUGCAGAGUUAGAACUUCUGAAGGUUUCAGAGGUUAAAUCUUCAGAGGAUUUAGAGAUUAAAGUUCCAAAAGUUUUUGAAGUCAAAAAUCCUGGAACAUCUAAUGUUAAGGUUGAAACAAAGGUUAAGACUGAUCAAGAAGCAUAUCAAGUUAAUACUGGAGAAGAUACAGAGGUUCCAGAGUUUCUAGAUGCUCAAGAGAAGAUUGAUAAAGCUGAAGCUCAGAUUCUUGAGGACAUUAAAGUGACAGAAGAUAAAGAGAUUAUGAUGUCUGAAAAUGAAGAAGAAAAAGGUUUGUCUAUUGAGAAGAAAGUCAAAGAGUCUACACUAUCUGAUUUAGAUAGCAAAUGAGUUACAAAAGAGACAGAGAAGGGUUAGCAUCUUCUUAUAGGAAAUUUCAGUUUGUGUUUUUGAAAUCUCCUUUGUUUUUUUUUUUAAUUUUUGUUUUCUAAUUAUGGGGGAUAAUUAGUCUAUAUGCAUGUCUCCAAGUUGUAAUUAUGUUGAUGCCUUGUCCCUGGGCUCAUGUUGAAGGCCCUUAUCUGUCUAGAUUUGGGGUUACCAUUUCAUGCAAGAGUCCAAGACCAUUCUCAUCUCUUCUUGUUGGUUCAUGGCCACUUGUCAUUGGACUGGACGAACCUUCUAUUUCCCUUAAGUGAUUCUCUCUUGGCUUCUUGUUUUAUUUUUCUGUUCUACAGAAUAAUUCAACACGAUCUUAUUUAGUUAUUAGUUUUAAUUUCUUAUAAAUGGGAGAAAAAAUCACUAGUUUUUUUUGUUGUGAUUUAUUCAACUAGUAAAUGUUAUAAAACUCCAUAAACAAAUUGUCAUAACAUGUUAAUAAUAUGUUUACGGAAAGAGAGAAAGAUAAGUACUGGAAGA